AUGUCUAACUUCACAUUGGAGUGUCCAACUGUUCAGCGAUACUUUUUGGAACAUCAUCUGGAAAAAUCUCCCAUGCAAAAUGCUUAUCGGAGGGACUCCUCCUCGACGUUGCCCUCCGCUCCCCCUUCCCCAAGCUUCACGUCCGAUCAACUUCUCUACACACCCCUGACCAACCUGUCAGAAGAUGAAUUGGUCCUACCUGCUUUCGAUACUCUCAAGGACGAGGAGAUGAGUGACGCGUCUACGGAAUCUCAUCCCUGGACGUUACAGGCCCCCUCCGCGGAUGACACCUCCCUGGAGGAUGAACCCUCCAGACAUGUGGACUACCUCUCACAUGACUGGAGAGAAGAGGACAUAUGGUCUUCCUGGCGCUAUGUGACAAGUCGGAGGAACGACUACAGUAAUAGCGUGCGACUGGAGAAUGCCUCGUGGAGGACAUGGGCCAAGGCCAAGCACAACUUGAAGACGAUAUCCCCGGAAAGUCUGAAUUGGCUCAAGGACUGCGAUGUCACCUGGCUUUAUGGUCCAUUGAAAAGUUCCAUGGAACGUCAAACUUCUCCCUCGCCCCCUCCAAGUCGUCUGGAGACCCCAAACUCGUAUUUAGAUAGGAAACCAAUCUUGAAGAAAAAGACUGCUUCCGAGGCUAUUCUACAGCGAUCCCUGUCCCAACAUACGUUGCUUCAGCACGCCGGAGCCAUCCUUAAAGCCCAAGAAGCAGAGAAUGGAUGGACUAGACCCCCUUUCCCAAGAUCCAACACAGACCUGGAUAACUUGCACCACCGCACUGGCAGCUCGACCUACUCGCUCGGUGGUACACUGACCACGUCCUCGUCCUCCGGAAUGGCGUCUCCUAGCGAGCGUCGUCACAUCCAUUUCAAUAACGAAGUCGUGCAAUGCAUCGCAGUGGAAGCCAAAGUAUACGAGGAUGAAUGGCCCUCAACCUUCGACGAGUCAUCUUCCGACAACAGCGUGGUCAUGAUGCGACAAAUUACAGACAGAGGUGUAGUGAGCGCACGCAGCACUCCCCGCAACAGCUUCAGUGGCGAUGGGAAAACCAUCGCUCCCCUUCCGUCAACAACCCUCAAAUACCGCGGCGAUGCACCCGAAUCUCGUCCAAGCAUCCUGGAUCGGUGGUCCUCCCCAGCUACAUUAUCACCUACUCCCUCGGUCGAGACCCUUCGACCCGGAUCCGAACCCUCCGCAAACUUCCUUUUGGACGAUGAAGACCCAACCCUCGAUUUCACGGGGAAUCACCCUGAUCGCGACCGUCCAUGGUUCGAAGAACCAACUUCUAACCGUCCGCUCCGAUUGACAGACUCAGGAAUGUUCAUGCCUGAAGACGAGGGCGAAUCUCCCAGCAGUACCAUCUUGGACCGGGUUGUUGAUACAGUGAACACGGCGCGAGACAUUGCUCAUGUUAUAUGGAAUGUGGGAUGGAGACGGUGA